AUGUACGCUGAAGCCCCUCGGACCCCACUCCGGCGCGGAUCUCAACGUUACUUGGCCGAAUCUAAACCUUUUCGCGCGUCGACAUCGUCUGCUGGGGAACAUGACGGCGAGCCGACUCCGUGGUCCUCGCUCGAGGGCACAUUUCACGAGAUCGCAGACGAAUUGGAAGGAUUUAUGAAAAACCUACAACAGAUUAAGCUUAUAACGCAAAAGUUAGAGGAGAGAGCCGAGUCUGUCGCCAUGUUUCUGCAGGCACAGAGGAUGAAUACGUAUUGUGUCGAAUUUCCGCAGGCACCUACAGACGCAUCGUUUGAGCAGUAUGCGAUCCGCGAGGCGCAACGCGUCCGUGCACGUACACCAACCAAAAUUGAAGCGCCGUCAGAUCCGAAGACUCCAAGAGAUGCAAACAGAGAACACGACCGAACGUUUGCCACUAACAGCGCAGCGUAUACCCCAGUGGCACCGACGAAGGAGCCUCCGAAGAAGACCACUGGGAUUGCGAAACCGGGUGCCAUGACGAAUAAGAUGCGCAAGGAAAGAUUGUCUACGGUAGAUACCGUGAUCAACUUGUUACCUCUGGAGUUUCGGGGAAAUGACCCGCAAUUGCGCAAAACGGCCGAAGCCGUCAUUAAUGCUCUUAUGGAUGCCAAGAGACCGCUCAAGAUCACCGAAAUAGCCAAAGGACCACUUCUGCCACAAGCCAAAGUUAACAAGUGCCUCAUCGGGUUGGUUAACGCCAAAGCUGCCAUCAAAAGCACGGAGCAAGGCGUUUCGCACUAUGCUUUUGCAAAAAGCUGUUUACCGUGA